GCCCGCGGAGGCGGCGCUGACCCGGCGGAGCGGAGCGGCCCCAACCAUGGGCAGCGUCGGCCCCCGCCCGCCCCGAGGCCACCGGCAGAUGCGCUGAUGUCUGCUCCUUGCAAAGACCUGACCCACCUGAGGUUGGCAGAUGCACAGAUGUGAGCGUGAAUCCCCAGUAAAAGAAUGAGUGAGAGAGAUAUACAGAGCCUGAGCAAAUGGAUUUUCGUGCUCAGUCUCUGCCUUACCACGCUGUGGGGACGACUGACAUUGGCCUCCACGCAUCAUCACAGAAGCCAUUCAGUGCAUGUAGAGCCUGGCACAUGCGAAGUCAUCGCAGCUCACCGGUGCUGCAAUAAGAACAAGAUCGAGGAGCGCUCUCAGACAGUGAAAUGCUCCUGUUUCCCAGGGCAGGUGGCAGGGACAACACGGGCGGCUCCCUCCUGCGUGGAUGCCUCCAUCGUGCUGCAGAAGUGGUGGUGCCAGAUGGAGCCAUGUCUCGAUGGGGAGGAAUGCAAAGUGCUUCCUGACCUCUCAGGAUGGAGCUGCAGCAGUGGCAACAAAGUGAAGACAACCAAGAGUCCAUGUGCAGAGGGUUUUCCUGCUGCUUGUGCUCACCACGGGGUUGCUGAUGAGGUGUUGGUGUGGUCACUCACUCCAGUAUGAACUGUUUCUGCACCUUCAUCUCUUCUGUUAGCACCUGUGCCACUUGAGACCUUGUCUGGAAAGCUGAUGCCUGGAGCAAGGAAUUCAGGAUGAUGCACAGGGAAUGGAGACUCUUAAAGGCAGCAGGGCAAUUCAUUAUUAUUUUAACUGCUCUGCUGGUGUAAAUUCAGCUUUAAUGAAAUAAUAUGAAACCAGUGGUCUGGUGCAAAAUGAGCACAGGGAUGGAGCUUAUGUCAUACUGUAGUGUCCCAGUGGUGAGUUUUUAAAGAGAAGCUGCAUUUCAGGCAGAGCUCUGGAUGUCAGAUGGUUUUCACUGUACCACUUCCAAAUGCAGUACAGCUGCCUCGGAGCCAGGAGCUGGAGAUGUGCCACCAGAUGUUGGGAAUUAAAGGGAACAAGCAAAUCUGUAUCUUAAAAAAGAAGCCACUGUUAUUUGGGAUGGGGCCACGGGACUUGGCAUCGGGUUCCCUCUUCCAUUAAUCAGUAUUUGUGUUGGGUUUAAUUAGUUUUGAUUGCAGUUUACAGAUGUAAAUGUGUCUCCCAUGGCAUCUCCCUCACCUCCUGGGAAUAUGAAAUGAGUGUUUAGUGUAACAGCAAUUGGAGCAAUGCACAGGAAGGAAAACAAACAGAAGAGCUUCAUGUACAUCCACAGAGCUUCUGGUGAUCUCCACCUCAGUCUGUGGUAAUAAACAGAAAAGGGAGAAGAUCCUCAAGAAGAGAAGGGAAAGGAGCAAGGAACCCCAUCUUGAUGCUCCUGGAAAGCAGUGUCUGAUGCUCUGAGGAAAGGUCCAAGGACCAUCUCUGUGCCAAUGUGAAGUCUGCAGGAGUUAUCCAUCAAGUUGUGCUCUGCGGGAGGAAUCACAGCUGUGCAGGAGGAACGUGUGCCAUGAACAGCCCAGCAGUGACACGGAGGACACCUUGCAUCAAGCUGUGAGGUCUCUCGUGUCUGUCAGAUGAAGAAAGAAUUCCUCACCAGGAGGUUAAUGUGCUUGAUUCACCACCCCCCCCCCAGGAAUAUCAUCUUUCUUAUUAGUGUUUGCCGUUUUAUAGUUUAAUUAAGGUCACCCAGUGGGCCUGUAAAUGACAUCUAAAUUAAUAGCCUGCAAUAUCUGCCAGCCAGAUCAGGCUUACUGUGGAGUCGGUACCCCAGGAGGAGAGUGAGAACGGAGACGUGAGGCACACCUGGAGUUCUUCAUCUGCAAGGAGAAGAGGUCGGUGCUGAUUCCAGUGUGCUCCUGUGUGUGACAGGAGCAUCACAGCUCUGCCUGUGGGUGCUGCGUGUCCCCAAGGAAGGUGCGAUUUGAUAUUGGCAUCCCAGAUUUACACUUUGACAUUUACUCCCAAACCGUGAGAUAGAGCAGAGGCCACCUCACCAGCCCAUAAAUGGGGAUGUGUGUGAUCUAACAGCCUGCUUGUGACUCAUCAGUGUACUCAGAUCCAUCUCUUGUGAUUUACAACUCAGCUUGGUGACUUAUUUCGAGUCAGUCAAGUUCAGAGACAACCUAUAACUCAGACCCAAUCACGUAUUCAUCAGUGACACAGGACUUGGAUAACUUGGGGAUAACUUCAGAAUUAAUUGUGUUACUUAUGAAGUUGAUGACAUGACUAAUCAAUUGCUACAUGGCAAAUAAAUCAGCGAGACACCUGAGAAAUUAAUCAUCUUUUUUUUGUUGUUAGAAACUUCAUAUGCCUUAUAAAUCAGACAUUGGAACAGCUUGUUUUACAUCAAACCCAUACUUGGAAAAUGGCCUUUUGGGGAGAAUAUAUAUUUAUGGAAUAUCUGUCCUGAACUGGUUAAAGGAGUUAAAGAAAAUGUAAGGGCAGUGGGUUGAACAUUUUAUUUUACAAUCAUUAUCUGUGUGCAAGCAAUGAACUAAGAACUUGCCACAGUCAUGGCUCAGUGGUUCGGGUCAGUGCAGGGCAUGGUGUCGUGUCCAGAGAGGAGGCAUGAGCCAUCCCCUCUAUCCCCACAAUCCCCGCCAUCCCCAUCCUGGGGAUGAGCUCCCAUCUUACCCCUGGGCUCUCAACCAGAGCUGGGAAGAUGUGCAAGGAGUUGACCUUCAGAUCAGAUCAGGUUGGAUGAGGCUUGGAGCAACCUGGUCUAGUGGAAGAAGGUGUCCCUGCCCGGGGCAGGGGAUGGAACCAGAUGAGUUUUAAGGCGCAUUCCAAUUGCAAACUAUUCUGGGAUUCUGUGAUACUUCCCAAGUUGCACACAAAACAUCCUUUCUCUGGAGCUCAGCAGUGCUGCUGUCAUCCUGUCAGCCCCCUGCUCACCAAGAGUAACAGAUCUGCUCUUAAUGAUAAUAAUCAAUACAUUCAAUGAAGAAUCAGAUUUUAUUUAAUGUGCAAUUUACUUAGAUCCUGACACCUCUAGAUUUAUUAAAGCAAUUCUUGUACAUUGACUUGGUACUGAUUGAUUCCUUGAAAUGCAUUUUAGUGGGGAUUUAAAAUCCCAACAAGAUAGACAUUUUCUAUAUCCUGCAUUUAAACUGCUACAAAUGCAAUGUGUUCUUAUCAGUAGGUGUCCCUUUAGAAUACAGAAUCACCUCACUUUUGUUCUAUACAUAAAAUGCAUGGAAGAGAUUAUUCAGGACAUAUUUAAAGGAUGGGUUUUUUAAUGAAUCUGUGGGCAAAAAAGCAUAAAUUACGCAUGGAAAUGUAAAAUCUAAUCAAAUUAGUUGCGUAAGUAAAGCCAUAUGUGCAGGAGUUCCACUCAUGAAAAAAAAAGCAAAUUAAAUAAAAGCAUUGGAGAUUAUUUGAAUACAUAAAGUAGAUAUUUAAAGUAUUUCCUUAAGAAACUCAGCCUGCACAAAGCACUGUCAUUAAUAGAAUGAGAAAAGUUGCCAGUAAAUAUUUAUAUUAGCAGCUUUAGAUGGAAAACCGAAACUCCAGGCAGAAGAUCUAAGAUUUCCCAUCAGAUGCAGCUCUGAGACUUGCUGGUUUCUUGCUGCUCUCCCCGGUGGAGUGAGAUUUUUGGAUGGCUCUGCCUGGCUUUAUGUGGAGGGAUCCCCUGGAACCCAGGGAGAGAGCUUUUUCAGAAGCAUCUUUUAAAGACCUUUGCUUACAAGAACUUCUCACCCUAACUGGAGGCCUUAAACUCAAUUUCCCUGCGUGAAGAGCUUGGUGAGGGGUCAUCGCCUCCUUUCUCCAAAGCCCUUUGGAACUUCCAGCUGAGAAACAUUAAGAAGCUGCUGCUGCUGCUGCUGCUGCUGCUGACCAAGCCUGGUUCAAGUUCUUCUGGGAUGCUCUGGAAGUGGUGGGAUGCAGAAAGACUUAACUGCCCCAGUCUUCCUGCUGCUCCAAGAGCUGGCACGCAGCCCAUACCUGCACAGCGAUUGGACACAGUCAUGGAACAGGCAGAGAUGGAAGAGGAUGUGCAAUUUUACUAGUCUGAGAAUCACAGAAUCAUAGGAUGGUUUGGCUUGGAAAGGACCUUAAAGAUCUUCAUAGCAGAUGAUGAAAACAGCUUUUAACAUACUGGUAAAGCAGCCAAUAUUGGUGCCAAUAGGCCAAGAAACAUCACUGGCUUUACCCUCUCUUGUCUCCUCUCUUCCUUGCCUCAUCUGCAGCUGGAAUAGAUUAAUGAGAUGCAAACAUUGAUGGCAAACUGCAGCUCCUGAGCUCCCCGGGUGCUGGCAUGGGAUCAUUCGCUGCUGAGUCCCACCUUCUGCUGGCAGCCAAGGCAGGGUGGCCAUCCCCAGUCACAGCGAACACCUUGGCUUUCUGAGGGGUGGAAUAAAGCUCUGAUGAGAACUUAAAAAGCCCCAGUAGCCUGACUCUGCAGUGAUGUGCUGCUCAGUUUCUAUGGGAACAGGCCGAGCUGGUUGAUUGGAAGCAAGAGAAGGAGUGAGUGGGGCUGCAGAUGCAGAGUUUAAUUGGUGUGACUCAGGCUGGGCUUUUAUAUAAUUUUCAGCCAUUCCAAAAGGUGCCUGGGCACUGGAGUUGGAACACAAUGAGGAGGUGUUCACAGGAGAACAAUCUCAUCGCUUGUUGAAACUAUCGUAGUGCCUACUCAAAAAAAAAAAAAGGAAAUGGGUAAUUUAUUUUUGUCCCUUAGUUUCUAAAUCACCUGUAACGUACAAGCAUGGAAUUGUUAAGGUUGGAAAAGUCCUCUAAGAUCAUCGUGUCCAGCAUUAACCCAGCAUUGCCCAGUCCACCACUAAACCAUUUCCCUUGACAUCACAUCCACAUGUUUUUUGAACAAUUUCAGGGAUGGUGAU